GCGCGGCUCGAGAGAGACACCAUCGCCGGUCCGCGCCGCUGUUCCAGCCGCUCCCUUCAUCCUCAUCCUCCCUCAUCCUCCCUCUCUCCUCCGAUGGUUCUCGUGUCCACGGAGUCUGAGAGUCAAACACAGACAGCCAUGGAGGACGAUAGCGGUGGCGGUGGCGGCGGCAGCGACGGCAGUAACACCGGCAAGCCCGGGGGCCCGGGGGACAGCAUCCUGUCGUUUAAGGACGAGACCAAGAAGGUGCUCGAGAUGUUCCUGCGUCGCAGCCUGAGCGCGCCCGAGGAGACGGCGGUCGGUCGCGUCGGUGGCUGCUACCACUCGGAUUACGACCACCGGCACCAACGGUGCCAUCGCCGGCGGCAGGGCAAUGGCUCCGUCGUCAAAAGAGUCCAGGACACGGUGGACGGCGAGCGGAAAGACGAAUUCUACGAGAAGGUGGCGCGGCAGCUGGAGCGUUUGGCAAAUCAGCAUCAGCUGCGCACAGCACAGUCUCACGACGUCGACUCGUGGGUCUCGCCCGAUGGGGUUCCCAGACCCCUGCCGGGGACUCCCAUCGAGGGGUGGAGGAUCACGCCUGAGCCUGGCCCGCCGCCGGGCGAGCCACUCGCACGCACGCGAGUGGAACGUGUCGCGAAGCCCACCCCGUCGCCGGAGAGGACGCUCUCGCGCGUGUCGGCGAAGGAUGACAGCAGGGUGCCGAGGAAGGACCACAAAGUGCCUGCCGGCACCAAGAGCGGCUCCACGCCGAGCUCGGCGCAUCGCGAUUGCGUGGAGGUGGACCCCGAUUGGAUGGAGACGCACGAGAGGAUCAACAACGCCGAGGAGAAAAAGCACGGAUUCAAAACGCGCAUCAAAAAGCUCAUCCGCUGGGACAGUUUCAAGCACGGCAAGAAGAAGAAGAAAAAGAAGGAGGAGGAGGAAUCGGCGGACAUGAUGGUGGCGCAGGGUUGGUCCGACCGUGACGAGGAGAUGCUGAGGGGUCAGGCUCACCGGAGGGGGGCGCCCCUCGGCGAGGCGGAGGGCGAGGUGGAAGAGGAGGAACGGAGGAGGAGUCCGCCGUGGCCUGGCACGCCGCAGCAGUCCUUGAGCGGCAGCGGCUCCGGCGCCGGCGGUCGCAGCGGCAAAAGCAAGUGGCGAGGGAUCGGAUUCUUCUCAUUGAGAAGGAAAUCCAAAGCGGCCGUUCCCUCUGGUGAGCCCGCCCCGACGUCCCCUCGGCCGUCCACGCUGCCGCUGAAGAACAUCUUCCGGCCCAGCAAGAAGAAGGGGCAUAGCGCUGUCCAGGAAGCGGUUGACAUCGAGAAGCCCGAAAUCGACGACAAAGUUACGCGGCAGCUGGAGCGUCUGGCAAACGAGCUGUCCACGGCAGAGUCCUUGCACCUAGAAUCCGAUGGGUUGCCCAGACGCCCGCCGGGCACUCCCGUGGAGGAGCGGAGGAGCACGCUCGAGCCUGGCCCACAGCUCUCCGGCCCCGUACAAUCCGUCGAGGAUCCCAGACCGUCGCCGGGAAGGACGCUGUGGCGCGCGUUGGCGAUGGACGGCGGCAAGGAGCCGAAGACGGACCACAAAGCAGCUGCCGGCUCGGCGGCGGCAGCGGCGGCGGCGGCGAACAAGACGGAGCUGCAAAACGAGACGGAGCUGAUCGCAGAGCUCGUGACCCUGCUCGGAUUAAGCGGCGACGCCCUCGAAAAGCAGAUCCAACAGGACGUGGACCUGCGCAGCAUUUCCUACAUCUUCUUCUGCAAAUUCAUCAACGCGUACAUCACGGCCGAGACGCAGGACACCACCCCCAGCCCGGAGGUCUGUCGCCCGGUCCACGUUCGCGCCGCCGCCGCCGCUGCCGCCGCCACUCCCAACAAAUCUCCCGCCACGGACGUCGUCGAUUCGAGCGUGGUCGCCCCGGUGGUGGCUCCGGUGGUGGCCCCGGUGGUGGCCCCGGUGGUGGCCCGGCAGCCGACGCCCGGUAGCGACGCAUCGGUGCGGCCGCCGGAGGUGUUGCAGAUCGCCUUGGCGAUGGACCUGACCAAGAGGAUGGCUGGAAUAAACCAGCGGGCGGUGACAAGGAUCAUGGGCUUCGGAGCUCAGUACCUGGAGGAGAGGUUUUCGCCGUGGAUUAUGAAGCAGGGCGGCUGGCACAACAUUUUGGAUCCCGACAGCGUCUCGGAGUACGAAGUCGACUGAAGUUUUCACAAAUGGGAUGAAAACACUCCUGUUAGUGCACUAUGUAUAUAUGCAUGCCUUUGUCGGAGGGAAAAUGUAUCACUGGUGAUGGGAACACCGAGGUCAGAUGCUUUGGCACCUUGGUGUCUCCACAUGUUUUCAACGCCCCCGCUGUGCCGUUCUUGCAACGGUUAGCGAUGGACGUACAGUCUGUUCUCCUGUAAACACGUGUUGUUUUCACCACGUGAAUUGGAUAUCACGCGAUGAAUGUACUCGGGAACACUUUUUCACUACGCGGAUGCGAAUUGGAUCUAACGCGAGGUAGGAGUAAGCGGUUGUUCGGCUGCCUCUGCGUAGCGUCUCAUAGGGCGGGAUACUGCUGGAUGCUUCUAGAUGCUACCCACGCUCCUCAGUCUUGGCUCGGCCUGCGUACGCAUCUCGCACGUCAUCGCCGACCGUGCUUUACCCUCUGACAUGUGUUUAGUUAUUUUAACGCGAGAUUUUUCCAUAACGCGCGGUGUUCCUCAGGAAACGGGACCACCACCGCGUUCUAGGAGAACAGCCGUGACACUCCGAGUGCCGAUGCCGCGUGCCAGUGAGCCGCCGGCCAUGGCGGUGCCGAGCGUUGACAAAUUUCUUAAGUGAUGGGACGCGCUUCAUGGAUAUGCGGCACAUUGACCGGAUGUGAUGAGAGAGGACCCCCAAAUAUUUUAAUGCAAAUCAACCUGCUGCUGUGACGAUUUAUUUUUGUUAGAUAAUUAUAAUCGAAUUUGGUGUUCACUUGGCUGCAUUUUUUAUGCCAAGGCUCCUACAUAAUGCUCCGAGGGAAUGAACCAAAGUUUUGUCAAACUUGUAUUUUGUAAUUUUCUUUUUACAUUCACGGGGAAGCCAUGUUUUUACUAAAAAGUUCAAGUUAAUUCCGACCAGCGCGUACCGAGUUGCCGCGCCCUCGGUGAUGUCCACGGUGCGUUUGUGGGAAUUCUUACAUCGAUUUAAUUUUUCUAAAGGAAAAACUGCUGCAGGGACAGAGGCCUUUUUACUUGAAAUUGUUUUCAACGGGACACUGUGAAUGCGGAUCAUGCCACUGAAACUCGUAAAAAAAAAACUAAUACAGCCUGUGUUUUGAACGUUGUUGGGAUCUUCCGUGCUAUUAGUCGUCCGUGCCUUAAUACUAAGUUUACUACUGAACAUAAUGUUUGAAUGCGUUUGUACGUGGCAUAUGGGUGUAAUAUAAUUUUAAAAUAAAUACUGUAUUGCACGGAGCAAUGAGUUUGCGAACUCUGCGACGCCGCUGUCGGUCGUAUUUUUAAAUCCUUUAUAUUAAGUUCGCUUGCUUGCUUAGGACCGUGCAAAUCUUUCGGUCGUUUUUUAACCCACUUCUCGUGAUCCAAUCGAGCUGACAUUUUCCACACAGACUCGUUGUGCGUGACAAUUAAUGUUCGUGAAUUUUUUUUCUCAAAAAUUUUACACUUUUUAGGACAAAAAUAUUAUAUUUAAUUACCAAUUGCUUAAUGGUGCAAUGCAAUCAUCUGACCCAUAGGUGGCAGCCAUCUCAAGCCAGAGGACGAGAGGACUCUAGCCGCCACGCAUAUAAAGGAUUUAUAGUGAAAAACUUUGUUUUUCUGGGUUAUACUUAUUGUUGUUUUACGUCGAGGCUGUGACGAAUGACCCCAAAAGUGACAAUCGGACGAAGGUUUCUGUGACACUGAGGCUGUGCUUUAUCCAUCACCUCCGGUGAUCGACGAGACCAGCGUUAUAGCCGAAUCCAUCGAUGAGUGGAGCAUUUUUACGUUUCUAUUUUCUUUUCCCCCACCACCAUGGCAAACACGGCCAUGGGAAAUGCCUCCAAUUAUAUUGUGAUUAUCGCUGUUUUAUCAAAGCGUUAUUUAAAUAUGACCACAUGUUGCUUCAAUUUUCAGGAGUAUAAUUUGGAACGUAGCCACCGCUAUUUCGGGUUAAUUCGCAUCCGCAACGGUGAGGCGAAAUAUCCCGAAACGUGUUUCUCGGCAUACUUCUUGAAGGGCUGUCAGCAGCAUUAUUAAGUCGUCAAAUUCGCUCAAACUUAACCGUUGACUUUUAUCCCACAAUGGCGAUGCAUAUUUAAUUAGCUUUAAUUGGUGUGGGCUUAUUAAAUUAUUUCUCUCUUCGGUUAUCGAUGCAUGAAGGUUCCACUUUUGUGUUGGGUAAUUGUGCAAGUGUUGGUAAAUGUUAAAACUGGAUUACGAUGUUGAUGGAACGAAUGUUCAACCAAAAAGAACGGAAACGGCAACUAACAAAAAUGAACUUUACACGUGCUUUAAUAACCCAGGGGAAGAACGCUGAAAUGCUGCACGUGUUCAAUUGCAAUGCAUUGCACUGCAUUGGUGUAAAGUGUGUUGGGCAUUAAUGAGGUAGUUGCGAAAUUGUUGAGCUGAAUUUGCGAUCUGUUUUAUAUGUGUGAAUUGUGUUGAAGUCGUAAAAUGUGACCCCCUCACAGAGUACAGUUUGCUAAGAAUGCCCUAUUCCAUACCAGUGCUCUGCCUAAUUACAGACCAAUUCAGACCUUAUUGGUCACCAGGUGACCCUUAUAAAUCUCAAUGUUCAUCCUAUAAAGUCCCAUCACGAGGGAGAAACACAAACAAAUCGAUUUUUUUUGCACGUUUUGAAACGGCUGUACGUCGUAUGGACCUGCAAACUCAAUUUCCCUGUACAAGAAUGUGGGGUAAACCGUAUGGGUUGACAGCUCUGCUCUUGCUACCAGACUUGUGGAUGAAUGGCUUGGAGUACACGUUCAACUUCCAUCCACCUCGUAUAUAAAACUAGAGCAUUAUUCUUCUUCACAUCUUGCCCAACUCUAAUAGCAUCUAUGCAAGUGAAUAGCAAAUUUAAUACAAGAGAAUAACAUUUUCAGGGAUGAAGACUUUUCGUUUAUUUGAAAAGUACAAAAAAGAAAACUAGUAAUGUUUCAUAUCGAAUGUUUAACUUAGUUUGUACUUAGCCAAUGGAUUCAACACGGGUGACAAAUUGGUGAGAAUGUCAUUGGUAUGUUUUACACUUGAAAAUGUGAGCAUGUUGAAGAAGAGUGGGUGGUGGUUGAUGGUGAAUGUGUUUUUUUACGAUUAUCAUUUUUCAUGCUUUUAUAAAAAAUAACAUUUAUAUUAAAAAAAUGCCUUCUGAUUCAGAGGCACAAGUACAGUGUGUGUACGGCAUUUCCAAUUAAAAUGCAUCGCGCACAAA